CAGAACAACACCACAUACCGCUUUUCCGAAAUUCCAAUGGCUUGUGCGGAAGCUGUUAAUACGAUACGGGUGAAGGCGAGUGUUGACAGGGAGAAGAAAUCGGUUCUAUUCAUGGAAGCGGACGCGGAUCUGGCCGAUGUUCUGUUCAGCUAUCUGACGAUGCCUAUUGCCACCGUAAUCAACCUCUGUCGCAAGCAACCUCCGGUUCCGACCUUAGGCUGUUUCGGCAACUUGUACCGGAGCGUCGAGAGCCUGGACUCGCGGCACUUCACAGCACCCCAAUGCAAGGAGAUGCUACUCCGACCUCGAAACGGGGCCGCUGUAUACUGCCAGUACCUUAAACUCAACAUCGACGACGACCCCAAUAAUAAGCAGCCCUGCUUCUUUUGUUGCCGUUGGCGGUCAAGCUACUGUAAGAUGACGCCAUACAGCUACGACAACACGGAUGUUUGUGGUAGGUGCCGGUAUAGAAUUAAUAUCAAGGCUCCUAUGCAAUGUAAUGACAUGGAGAAUGGCCUGUUCGUGAAACGACUAAGUAGACUCGUAAUAACCGACGACUUAAAAGUGAAACCGGCCUCCACCGCAGCAACCAUUUCGUUCCUUUCCGAGCACAGCGUCCGUCAUGCCACAGCCGUCGAAGAGUUAUCUUUCGAUUUUGGCGUGAAUGAGGCCUUGGAUUUGUUAAUGCUGGCUUUGCUAUCCAAGACGCCUCUGUCAGAUGUGCUUCUCAAGCGCACAGCAGCCAAACAAGAGUUGACCGCUAAACCAAGCUUAGCCGUUUUCGUCAAACAAGAAGAAGGUGCAGCAGCAGGGCCAAGAUCAGGUGACUAAGGGGGGUCUCCUUAGUCACAUGACUAAGUGAAUCUAAGCCAUUGAAGUUCAUUAAAAUCCAAUGGCACAUAUUAAUCCAAUUAAAUGAAGGACAAAAUAGUAAUUACAUGAUUUAUUUAUUAAUUAAAACAAAAAUAAAAAAUUGCCUGCUGUCUUCUUCCGUGCGCCAAAGACUUGCCGGCGCUUGGAUUCCGACGAAUCCUCUGCAACUCCGCUGGCACUCGGAUUUCUUCGGCCAAGGACCUGCCGACCAGGUGCGCCUUCCUCCUGGUGUCCUUCUUUUGUAGGGAAUUGAGAAUUUUCCCAACAAAGGUCCUGUACGAGA